GCCGCUUGGCCAGGUCUCGUGGCGCGACCGACUUAGCACCUUCCUUCGACCUUCACACGAACCUGAUCACCGCGAUAACACUAUGCCGAGUGUGGCGCAUCGGCCUUAGUCGUCGUUUAUGAACUGCAUUCCUGCCCGCUUUCUUUGAUCGACGCUUUCCUCAGACCAAACCUCCCCCUCCCUCCUUCCCUGUUCCCUGUUCCUUCUUCUCUCACACAUCCCUUUGUCUGUGGUCCGCUGUCUCACGAGACAUCUUCGCGCCGACCACGAUGGCACACGACGACGACGUCGAGUUCGGCGGCAAGUCCUUUGGCGAUGCUCCCAAACGCGCCUCCCUCAGCGACCAUGCGCGCGGCCGACAACUCAGCACCGACGGCAAUGAUGUCGCCAUGGUCAACGCUGACCAGAGAGCGCUCAAGCGAGAUCUCAAGGGCAGACACAUGCAAAUGAUUGCCAUCGGCGGUGCCAUUGGAGCCGGUCUGUUCAUCGGUUCGGGUGGCGCAUUCCAGUCAGGUGGUCCUGCCUCGGUGCUCAUCGGUUUCGCCCUCAUCGGUGGCAGUAUUUACCUCAUGAUGCAGGCUCUCGCUGAGAUGGCCGUCCUGUAUCCCGUCAAUGGCGCCUUCACCGUCUACAUUACCCGAUUCGUCGAUCCUUCGUGGGGGUUUGCCUGCUCCUGGCAGUAUGCUAUCAGUUGGUUGACGGUUUUGCCUUUCGAGAUCUCUGCCGCCUGCAAUAUCAUUCACUUCUGGGAGGGAUCGCAGGGUAUCAAUAACAGUGCUUGGAUCGUGCCUCUGCUCCUUGCUUUGGUUGCCAUCCAGUUCUUUGGCGUGAGGGGGUACGGAGAGGUCGAAUUUGUUCUGUCCAUUAUCAAGAUCUUGGCCUGUUCUGGUUUCAUCAUCUUGGGCAUCAUCAUCAAUGUUGGCGGUGUCCCAACUGACGACAGAGGUUACAUCGGCGGUCGCUACUGGAACGCCCCCUACAACCCCUUCCUGAACGGUUUCCACGGUUUCUGCAGUGUCUUCGUCACCGCUGCAUUCGCCUACACUGGCACCGAGCUUACUGGGCUGGCUGCCGCCGAGGCGAAGAACCCUAAGAAGGAGAUUCCACGUGCUUCCAAGCAGGUCGUAUGGCGUAUUGCCAUCUUCUAUCUCCUGAACCUCCUCCUCAUUGGCCUCAUCGUCCCCACCGAUACUCCAGCUUACCAGGAUGAGGGCUCGGAGUCGCGUCGCUCUCCUUUCGUCAUUGCCAUUCAGCUUGCUGGCAUCAAGGUCCUCCCCAGUAUCUUCAACGCCGUCAUUCUGAUUGCUGUGAUGAGUGUCGCCAACUCGUGCACUUUCGGUUCGACCCGCACAAUCCAGGCCUUGGCCGCAAACGGCAUGGCUCCUAAGCUGUUCGCUUACGUCGACAAAGCCGGCCGUCCACUCAUGGUCACAAUCAUGCAGUUGCUCUUUGGCUGCUUGGCUUUCAUCAACUUGGCGCCAAAUGGAGGUGACAUUUUCGGCUGGUUGCUGGCGUUGUCGGGUCUCUCGAUCCUGUUCAUCUACGGCAGUGUUUGCCUUGCUCACAUUCGCUUCCGCGCUGCUUGGAAACUCAAUGGCCACUCCCUCGACGAAUUGCCCUUCAAAGCAGCCUUCGGCGUCUGGGGCUCGUACCUCGGCCUGUUGGUCAACGUCCUGGCACUCGUUGCACAGUUCUACGUUGCGCUUUACCCCGUCGGCGGCACACCUCUCACAGCCGAGGGUUUCUUCUCCGCUUACCUCGCCGGUCCCUUCCUCGUUGGACUUUACAUCAUCUGGAAAGUCUACUCGUGGUUCGUGUAUCCUUCACAUCGUCGCAUGUGGGUCGCUCUCAAGGAUGUCGACAUCUACAGCGGUAUGCGCGAGGAUCAGAAGAUGAUGAUCUCGGGUGUGGACGUUACGGAGGAAAACCGACGAGCGAGUAUCCAGGAGAUCCAGAGUGAGAAGAAAAAGAAGGGAUUUAUGGAUUACGCCAAGGCUGGUGUGAGGAGUGUCAUCUAG